AUGGUUCUGUUAUCGGUGCUUGAUGAGUAUCGGCAAAUUUGCGGGGAGUUGGGUCUGCGGCCGCUUCGGGCACUGGAGAAUGCGUUUGCGGCCUCUCCUGAGGAGAUCGAUCUCAGCUUGCUGGUGGUCUCAUCUAAGAAUUUUGCAUCACUUAUUAAGCUAUUAGAACGGCGGGAUGAUAUUGAAAAACUGGAUCUUAGUGGAAUACAAGUUCCUGCAGCCCAGCUUGUCGAACUAUUUUCCGUUUUGUCUAACGGUUGUGUGAAGGAACUCAUCCUUAAAAAUGUAGAGCUGGGCGUUCAGGCUGGUGAAGCUUUAACAAAACUGUCUAUUGCCUAUGAAGGCCUAAUUCAUGUCGAACUUACAGGCACAUUUCUGCCUGAGUCUUUGGAGAUUGCGAUCCAGUCACAAGUAGAAAUGAAUCUCCUUAAUUACCAGAAGAAGAUGCAGUAUUGGCAAAAAGCUGUUGAACCCGAAGCUCCGAGAUCAUGGAGGUGGAGAAUUGAGUCCUGGACGGAAGAAAAUGAAGCUGAACCAGAGAAACCCAUGUUAAACUCAAUAAAUAGUGAGGCUCUUUGGCACAUUGCCCGUUCUGUUACGGAAGAAGGCCUUCUCUUUACCGACAAGAAGUUUCCACCUGAGAAAGCCUUGAAGGAUUCUAGUGUAAAAUGGGUUAGAGUAAGUAGUCUACUUGCCGGGAGCAAAGCGCGGGAAAAUUGUUGUGUAGGGCAAAAACCAUUGUAUUAUUCAAAGUACACUGAUACGAAGAACCUUUGUGCAGCCCUCAAUGUGGUUCAACAAGUCCAUCAUCUUCGUAAGCAUCUAUGUGUGAGACAAAUUCCAAAUUUGGGGCUUUUCGCAUUUCGUUUUUUUGUCAAAUCUGUCUCAAUUAUAAUUAUUGUGGAUGAUCAAAUUCCCUUUAUAGACAAUGAACCUGCGGGGGUUCACCAUGGCAAAAACUGCGAUGAUUACUGGGGAUGCUUGGUCGAAAAGGCCUUUGCCAAACUUUACGGUGGAUAUGAGAAAAUUUCCGAGGUAGGAUUUGGUUCUGCUCUUUCACAGUUAACAGGCGGUGUAUGUUUUGCAAUUGACUGGAAAAUUUUGAGGCAGCAUUUUACGGAAACAGAAAUGUUUCGUUUUUUGAGAGACUUAACAAAUUCGAAAAAAAUUAUAGCUUCUCAACUUAUUCCACGUAACGCAAUGGCGAUGGAGUCUGUAAAAGAAAAAGGUAUAUUGCCCUAUAUGUCAUAUGUUGUAGCGGCCACUGAGGCACUUCGUGGUGAAAGGCCGCAUCUUUCCUACAUCGUACAGCUUUCGUGUCCCAAUAAGCUAAAUUGCGAGAAUUACUUUUUUUCUGCUCAUUUAAAAAUGGAAACUGUUUCUGGUCUUCCG